AUGUCUUUUCCUCCACUCCAUAUCGUCGAGCCAAACGGUGCCCACAUGCAUACUAUCAUCCUUCUACACGGCCGCUCAAGCAAUGGCGUCGAAUUCGCUAAAGACCUAUUCGACUCCAAAUCUUCCGAGACUAAAAACCUGGCCGCCCAUUUCCCUGGGUGUCGAUGGGUAUUCCCAACGUCCCGAGACCUAUGGAGUUCAGUUUUCAAGGAAGAAUUAACCGCUUGGUUUGACGUGUACUCGCUGUCCGAUCCCUCUGAGCAACAAGAACUUCAACUGGACGGCCUCAGGGAGUCAACGCGAUACAUCCUGGAUGUUCUGGGCCGAGAAAUCAAUCUUCUUGGAGGGAAGUCCGAGAAGGUUGUCCUUGGUGGUAUCAGCCAGGGUAUGGCGACGGCGUUGUGGGCGUUGCUCUGCUCGCGGGGACGAGUCGAUGGAAGGAUUGGCGCUUUUUUGGGAAUGUGUGGAUGGCUCCCGUUGGCGGACAAGAUGGAAGAUUUGCAGCUGUCGGAGGGUCAUGGUACUGCAGAGACUCCCGGAUCUCUUGUUUCAAAGUCCCUUCCCGGCCUACUGCGGUGCGAAGAAAUUGAGGUUAGUGUAGCAGAGACGAAGGCCAUGCUGUCUACGCCUAUGCUGCUACUGCACGGAACCGAUGACGCGUGGGUAGACUUUGAAUUGGGCCGACAGGCACGUAGAAAUCUGACAAAGCUGGGAUUGAAGGUGGAGUGGAAGGAGUACACUGGCGCGGAGAAUGAAGGACACUGGAUCAAGGAGCCAGAAGGUAUUGAUGCCAUUGUUGCAUUUUUGGAGGCCUACCUACUUUGA